AUGGUCCGUUUAGAUGAAGCUAAAAAUGAUAUGAAUGAACAAAGUAAAACGAAUUUUGGGAAUCAACAUGAGCUCUAUUCUCAAGAAAUCCAAACGCAGAUCGAGCUCUAUGUUAUUAUAAGAUACUUUAAUCUUAGCAACUGCCGAUAUCUUUCGAUAACUGUUUUCGUACUUUCGUUUUUUUCAGCCAUACUGACUGCUUUGGAAACUGCCGCUUCAGACGCAGCAUCAACUUUGACUGGCACUUCUUCAUCCAACUCUUCAGACACGAUCACAUUAGCCGAGAACACGAUGUCGUCAGCGGUAAGCGACAUGGAGUCACUUGUAUCCGCCGCAAAAACACAGAUGGAAACAAUGGCUCUUUGGUUCACCACUCUUUUUAUACCAACGGUUUAA